ACCAUACGCCACUUGGCGGUUCCUGAGAAGUGAGAAGCGAUUUGAAGAGCGGGGUUGGUCGUGGAGGAGCGGUUCGGUGGUGACCAAAAUCGAAGUCCUCGACAUCAAAAUGUUACAGUUUCCGGCGUAUAUGACACAGUUUCCUUCAUCGACAAGGACGAUUCCGACGUCGUUCCUAUUACCAUCUCAAUGGCCUCAGCCUCAUAACGAAGAACUCCUUCUCGCAAUGGAGGAGUCCGAGUUUGAAGAAAAGUGCAAUGAGAUCAGGAAGACAAAUAGCAACCUUAUCGUGAUAGGGAAAACUACCACUGAUAAUGACAAGGAGGAGUUUGAUAAUGAUGCUGAUGACGAUGAUGCUGACAAUGGGGAGGAAUCUGAGGGUGAAGAAUUUGAGCAAGAAACUGGUUGAAGAGAUGCGCAUCAAUGCUCAUUAACUUGUGUGGAAGAAUCUUAAAAUAAGUGCAGAUGCCUUGAUCAUAUCUAGUAGUUGCUUCGCCACACAUCCAUAGCUUUCUUUUCUCUUAUUUCUAUUUGAAUCAAUUUUAUAUAUCCUAUGAACUAUAUUAUGGCAGCAUAAUUUAUUAAUUGAUACCUCGACUUCAGCAUGGGAGAAUACAAAGAACUUAUUAGACUGUUAUUCAUUUA